CCGUAAUUAUCUCAAUCUCUAGGAUUCUGUUUCUAUCUAUCUUACAUCCAAAUAUUUGUUUCCUUUAGUUUUCUGUUCUUUCCCCUUUAUUUUCGUUUCUUUAUGGUCUAAUGCAGGGAUUGUCCUCCCUGCGUUGGACCCGUUUACCCGUCCCGGGUCGAUACUCACGCCGCCCGGAAACUUUCUGACAAUUAGUUCAUCCAUCAUGGGUUGCUUCAACUCCAAGCAUUCUUCUCCUCCUCCACGCCCUAUCCGCCGCCGUUCAGACACCGCCGCCAACCGAGGCCAUCCCCAAAACACCCACAAACCCCAUGUCCUUCCCACUCCGCCAUCUCACCGCCGUGUCGUCAACUCAUCUCCUAAAAAGCAUCGCAAUAAUGACGAUGACGCUCCAAGAUCGAAGACGACCGGAGUUAGCCUUAGAUCGGGAUUGCCGCAUGGAAAUGUAGAGGCUGAGCAGGUGGCUGCUGGUUGGCCUUCAUGGCUCACCUCCGCCGCACCGGAGGCCGUUCAUGGGUUGGUCCCAUUACGUGCAGAGGACUUCGAGAAAAGAGAGAAGAUUGGGCAAGGGACGUAUAGCAACGUGUUCCGGGCUUGUGAGGUAUCGACGGGACGAGUCAUGGCUCUAAAGAAAAUAAGGGUUCAAAACUUCGACACAGAAAACAUAAGAUUCAUAGCAAGAGAAAUCAUGAUUUUGAGAAGGUUAGAUCAUCCAAACAUCAUGAAACUCGAAGGUAUCAUCGCCUCACGGAACUCAAACAGCAUGUACUUUGUGUUUGAUUACAUGGAACACGAUCUCGAAGGCUUAUGUUCAUCUCCUGACAUCAACUUCACCGAGGCACAGAUAAAAUGCUACAUGCAGCAGCUUCUGUUGGCAGUAGAACAUUGUCAUUUACGAGGGAUCAUGCACAGAGACAUUAAAGCAGCAAACAUUCUGGUGAAUAACAAAGGAGUUUUGAAGCUAGCUGAUUUUGGACUAGCCAACAUUGUAACACCAAGAAACAAGAAUCAGUUAACAAGUCGGGUUGUGACGCUAUGGUACCGUGCACCUGAACUUCUAAUGGGUUCCACGAGUUAUAGCGUGUCGGUCGAUCUUUGGAGCGUGGGUUGUGUAUUCGCCGAGAUUCUUACCGGACGACCACCUCUUAAAGGAAGAACAGAGAUUGAACAACUUCACAAGAUUUAUAAACUAUGUGGAUCACCAGAUGAAGAACUUUGGAGAAAUAACAAGCUUCAUCCUCAAACUAAAAUGUUUGGACAACAACAUCAAUAUGAAGGUUGUCUAAGAGAAACAUUUGAGGAGUUUCCAAAAACAGCAGUUAAUCUUCUGGAGAAUCUAUUUUCUAUUGAUCCAGAGAAACGAGGAACUGCCUCUUCUGCUCUCAUGUCAGAGUACUUUAAUACAAAGCCUUACGCUUGUGAUCCAUCGACAUUACCUAAGUAUCCUCCUAACAAGGAAAUGGAUGCUAAGUACCGUGAAGAACUGCAACGAAGGAGAAGAGCAACUAUAAAGAAAAGAGAUAACUUGGUAUCCAAGAAAACGGGGAAAUCACGUAGAACAAUCAAAGACCCUCUUAGCAAGUUACCAACCCAACAGCAGGAAGCGAAGAAGGAAGCUGAGACAGAGAUCAUUGUCCAGACGCCAUCUGAGACAUCUCAAGCGACCACUCGAAGCGAGUUUCCGUACACUGCUCUAUCUCAAGCCACGGCGCCGGCAAGCGGGUUCGCAUGGGCUGGAGCUAAGAAGAGGAAAGAAAACGACGCAGCUUCGACGCUGACAUAUAAUCAGCCUGCGGGAUCCGCGAGCCACGUGAGUGGUAUGAGCAUGGCUUUUGCUAAGAACACAUUCGGGCUAACAAUAAACGAGAACCGACCAUUUCUUAGGCCACACGUUUCUCUAGACUCCUCUGGUGAUAUCUUGUUGUACCCUAACGCGCAUCACAAGAAAGAAGAAGAUAAUAUGAGUCAACUAAAUUCGGAUUUGAGGAAUGUUGGGGCGAAUCCAAAGAUUUUUCAAACCAAUGGGAUGAAUGAGAUAUUAAGGAGAACAGAAAGUGAUGCAAGAGUCGCUGUUCGAAGACCGCCACGGAUAGAAAGAGGUUAAUAACGGAAGAGAAAAAGCAUUACCAUUAUUCUUUUUAGCCAUGUUUCCCACUUGGCAUCAUUUGUAGUCCAUAAAAAAAAUUAAAAAUCUUUCACAAACAAA